AUGAAAGACCAGUUCGAGAAGCUGAUCUUGCAGCCACUCUUAGAGAUCCAACAAGCUUGUUCACAGGCUUCAGCGCGGAUUGUCGUGAUAGACGCAUUAGACGAAUGUGAGCAAGAGCAAGAUAUUCGAACCAUCCUCCAGCUGCUUGCUCGGACGAAGGACAUCCGACUAAUGCCGUUACAGAUCGUUGUAACUAGUCGGCCGGAGCUCCACAUUCGCCUUGGCUUCAAGAAGAUGCUGAACGGCACAUACCAAGAUCUAGUCCUUCACGAAGUCCAAAGGAGUACGAUUGAACACGACUUACGUGUCUUCCUAGAGCAUGAGCUUGGCGAGAUACGAGAAUCUCACGAUAUCUCCACAGAGUGGCCAGCACAACACCAGGUUCUGUCCCUAGCAGCAGAGAUGUCAACAAGCAAGUUACUUGACCUGCUUGCUUGA